AUGAAUGCAACAGAACCACCUAGUGAAUCUACACAAGAUUACCUCUGUAAUUGUACUGAUGCUCUUGUUUCCAACAUGGUGUUCUAUAGUAUUGACGGCACAAGCUUACAUCGAGUUACUCUGAAUUGGAGUGCUGGUGAUCAGUUUCCAGUCAGUACUGUUGCACCAUUUCGAGCUCCAACAACACCAUUUUUUAUCAAAACAACUGGUACAGAUGAAAACGGGUUUACUUUUCAACGAAUCUCUAGAACAAUAGUUCCUGGUAAAGCUGGACCGCCUGUGUACAUACCUGUUGAUAAGACUGUGUUUUGGCAAGAUGAAAGGAAAGCACUGAUACUGCCGUGUCCUUAUCGCAGUGUAGCAUCUGUAACAGUAACAUGGAAAAAGUUACAUUUGAAAGGCACUGUAGUGCUUCAAGGGUCUGCCUAUGUGACAGCUCCAGAUGGACGUCUUCUUAUUAAAAGUACAAUUUUAGACGAUGCAGGUCAAUAUCAGUGUCAGAUAAAGAGUUCUGAGGGUGUGGCAGAAGGUCAGGAACUGAAAGUGAACAUUGCAACUCUUCCUGUUAUAUUGAAAGGUCCACAAAGCAUUGCUACUUUUCCAGGAACUAGUGUUCAGUUUUCAUGCCAAGCUAAGGGAAUACCUGCACCGACUGUGACAUGGCUGUUUCAUGAAAGGUUGGCAACAUCUAACGAGCCAACUGUAAAUGAAGGGGAUCGCAGCAAAGGAGGAGAAACGAUUAGUUCCUUUAGUGUGUCUAAUGUGACAUUUGAUCAUGAGGGAUCGGUAAGUUGUAUUGCUACCAACAGAGCUGGAGUCCACAACGUGACAGCUUUGCUAGCAGUUCAAACUCUUCCUCGUGUUUUUCUUAACAAGAGGUCUUUUCUAAUUCAUGCCAAUGAAACAGCUCGAUUUACUUGCAGAGCUCAAGGAGUUCCUUUGCCUACUGUAUCUUGGUAUCGUGGUGGCACUCCAAUGACUGACAAGGUAUCGGGUUCACAGGCAAGAAAGCAAUUGUCUUUUUUGCCUGCUCAAUUAUCUGACAGGGGAGACUAUAUGUGCAAGGCAACCAAUGCAGCAGGCACAGAUGAGAAGAAGGCAACUUUGAAUGUGUACUUGGCACCAAUUAUAUUACAAAGUCCUGCAGACCAGACUGUUCUUGUAUCACAAAGCACAAAGUUGCACUGUGUUGUUGAUGGCAGUCCUAAACCACGAAUUGUGUGGAAACGUGAUGGCAAUGUAUUGAAUGGCAAAGAUACAGAAGUGUUACCAGAAAACAUGCAGUUCUUGAAUGAAUCUCAGACACUGGUAAUAACUAACACUCAGUUGUUGCAUGGUGGUGCCUAUGAAUGUAUUGGAAGGAGUCCACUUCCAGGUGUAGAAAGGGUGAGGGCAAAGUGUUUUUUGACAGUAUACGAUCCCCCAACAAUCAGAGCAAAGUCUCCGUCAGUCUCUGUGGUUUUAAACCAGCAGACCACUUUGGCCUUUUUUGUAUCAGGCCAUCCUGUUCCUUCUGCAUCGUGGUUUUUUGGAGAACGUUCUUUGCCAGACGAUGAUCAUCACAUCACUUACACAAAAAAGGGAACAGCAACAUUAACAAUACUCAAUGCACAAAAGACUGAUGCUGGAGAUUAUAAACUGCUUGCAGUUAAUCCUGGUGGCAAGAGUAGUGCUACAAUUGGACUGACUGUUUAUUUUGCUCCGAAUUUUGUGUUGCGUCCUGCCAACUUGUCAGUGACUGUUCGUGAAAGAGCUAUGCUAGAGUGCGUAGGAAAUGGUGUUCCUACUCCUGUCAUUAGCUGGAGUAAGAUCGUUGAUGGUGUAAUGGUGGGACUUCCUGUGUUUAAGAAUAGAAAGCAGCUUAUCAUUAAUUCCGCAAAGCUGUCUGAUGCAGGAAGAUAUGUUUGUAAUUUGCAAAAUGUGAUUGGUCAAGAGACAGCAUUGGCUCAACUGAUUGUGAAACCUAUUCCACCAACUAUUUUGUCGACAGUAACGACUAUUUCCGUGGUUGUGAAUAAGUCUGUUACGUUACCUUGUGAAGUCAGUGGUGUUCCUACGCCACAACGGUCAUGGUUGAGACAUGGCCUCACGUUAGCAGAAAUUAGUGGAAAAUAUUCUAGUGUUGACAGUACCCUAGUGAUUAAGAAAGUUGACCUUGCCGACAGUGGAGAUUAUCAAUGCAUGGCUACUAACAUUGGAGGAACAGCUUCUUGGAUAAUUGCACUGAACGUCUUAUUUGCUCCUAAUAUUUCUACUCCUCAACAAAAUGUGAGAAUUUUGGCUGGUCACUGCCUAACCCUCAACUGCUCUGCAGUUGGAAACCCAGUUCCUACCAUUGCAUGGAAGCGGGACAAUGUUUUAUUGCGUCCAAGUGAUGGUAUUCGAGUUAUGGAUGGAGGCGUACAGCUCAUAAUGUGUCCACUAACUGCAUCUCAUACUGCUACGUAUACAUGCACAGCAGACAAUUCUGUAGGAAGUGCAGACUCAUCGGGAUCAGUAUUUGUUAUCGUGCCUCCUGCAAUUCAUCCUGAUGCAAAUACACGGGUGGCUCCUAUCUCAUCCAGCGUAUGGUUGCCUUGCAGUGUUACUGGUAUUCCAUCUCCUACAGUGUAUUGGCUGAAAGACUCACUGCACAAUCUCAAUAGCUCUCGAGUGUUUGUACUUUCCAAUGGGACUUUGUUUAUUCAUGAUGCAAAGAAAACCGACACUGGUAGCUACAAGUGCGUGGCUGAAAAUGAAGGUGGUAGGGAUGAACAAGAUGUCUAUUUGGAUAUUGAGUAUCCACCUCAUCUUAUUUCUGUGCCAUCCAAUGCAACUCUUCUGACAGGCAGCUUACUGGUAUGGCACUGUAAUGCUAGAGGAAAUCCUGCACCUUCUAUUUCAUGGAUGAAGAAUGGGCAACUUCUGAAAUCAGAUUCAAACUUUGUUAUUUCUGACGAUGCAACUAAACUAACAGUGGCUCAAGUUAAGUCUUCUUUUUCUGGCCAUUACACUUGCAAGGCUAGCAAUACUUUGGGAGAAGAUACUGCUACUGUUACUCUGUUUGUGUUAGUUCCACCAACAAUAGUGACCACAGUAAGGCAAAUUGCUGCUUUACUUGACAGUGAUGCAUUGCUACCAUGCCAAACAACAGGAAUUCCUCAACCCAACAUACGAUACAAGAUUCUCUCUAAUGGAACUCUUCAUAUUCGCUCAUUGUUAAAAUCGGACAAUGUUACAUACAAGUGUCAUGCAGAGAAUGUGGCUGGCAGUCAAAGCCUGAAUGUUACACUUGAUGUGCAUGGUAAUGAACAAAGACUUUCCAGCUACAAUUGUGACGGACCUGGCUGA